AUACACACUCAUCCAAACAGAUCAGCUAAAGUCAGAGAGAAGUGGAACUUGAAAAAGGAGUGAUUGCUCUGAGAGCAAUUGAAUUAUCUCUGUACAACAGAUAUGGUAAGGGGAGUAAGGAUGGUGUGUCCUGCCUGGCUCUUGGCUCUGGCUGUACUGUGUGAAGGUGGAUCUGAAGUUAGAGCUCAGUGUUGGGAGAACACUCGCUGCAGAGACCUCAGCACUGAGGAGAACAUCUUGGACUGCAUCCAGCUAUGCAAGUCUGAUCUGACAGAUGAAACCCCUGUCUACCCUGGCGAAAGCCAUCUGCAGUCUCCCUCCGAGCAAGAGCAAAAUGAGGUCCUCGCAGCCCUAUCCACCAUUUCCCUCGUUCCCACCGCUGAGCAAAUGGCCCCAGAGUCCAGCCAUCGGCACGAGCACAAGCGCUCUUACUCCAUGGAGCACUUCCGUUGGGGCAAGCCAGUGGGCCGCAAGCGCCGACCCAUCAAAGUCUACACCAACGGUGUGGAGGAGGAAUCUGCCGAGACUCUCCCAGCUGAGAUGAGGCGUGAGCUGGCGACCAAUGAUGAUGACUACCCUCUGGAGGAGAACAUCUUAAGCCAGCAGGAAAAGAAAGAUGGCUCCUACAAAAUGAACCAUUUCCGCUGGAGUGGACCACCCACCAGCAAGCGCUACGGAGGUUUCAUGAAGUCCUGGGACGAGCGCAAUCAGAAACCUCUUCUCACACUCUUUAAAAACAUCAUCAAUAAAGACCACCAGAAGGAGGACCAGUGAGGUGUAUAUGAGGGGUUUUGGGUGUUGAGAAUGGUUUUUAAUACACUUCUGAUAAAUUUCUUCCCAGCAAACUUCUAGAUAAGAAGAUAUCUUAUAAUGCACAGUAAACAAUAGAAAAGAAGAUGGGUUGUCUUGAAUAGCACUUAAUUCUUUGGGUCGUCAGCUUUAGCAUUUAUUCACAAUGUAAUCAACAAUAAAUUCUGAAUACUGUACAUAGAAAUGCUGUGGUUAUUAAAUAUUGCCUAGAGGCUAAAAGAAAAUCAUUUUAAUCUUAUUUAUUGAGAUGUACUAUACUGUAAAUUUUGAAAAUGUGAUACAUAAAG